UUCACCCUCGAAAUCUCUUGCCAGUAAACUAAACGAAUUAUCAUGGAGUGCUCAUUCGCGCUGACGGGCAAGGGUUACGUCCUUAUGGCCUCGGAUACGACCGCCGCACGAUCUAUCGUGAAGAUGAAGGUCGACGAGGACAAGAUUAAGACGCUCACACCACAUUUGCUGAUGGCCUACUCUGGAGAGCCGGGCGACACCGUCCACUUCGCAGAAUACGUCGAACGCAACCUCCGUCUCUACCAAAUCCGCAACGUCUACCCCCUCCGCCCCCAAUCCGCCGCGUCCUGGGUCCGCCGCUCGCUCGCAGAGUCCCUCCGCUCCCGGCACCCGUACUCGGUCAACCUCCUCCUGGGAGGGUACGAUACCCAGGCGGGAGAGGAGGGCGAGCCGCAUUUGUAUUGGUUGGAUUAUCUGGGGACGAUGGCGAGUGUGCCGUUUGCGGCGCAUGGGUAUGGGAGUUACUUCGCGUUGAGUUUGUUGGAUAGGUAUCACAACCCUGACGGUACACUCGAGGAAGGACUCGACGUCCUCCGACGAGCGAUCGACGAGGUAGCGAAGAGGCUUGUCGUUUCGCCAGGGAGCUACAAAGUCAAGGUUGUUGACAAGGAUGGGAUUCGCGAGAUCACGCUGUAGAGUCCUGUGGGGGUGUAUCUUGGUCUUGCGCCCGCGAGGGCGGAGGACGUAGUGUUCUAGUAGUAUCGCGGUAGCCUCGAUGUCAAGCCUUUCUGUACUAAAUGCAUCGGAAAUUCUCUUCGUCU